AAAUGUGCACCUGGAUAUCAAAAAGAUCCUGAAGAUCCAUUGAAAUGUCGACCAUUUUGUGCAUGUGAUAAAUGUGAUGCUGACGGAAACUGUAUCAACUGCCCUGGAAAUCGUGCUGGUCCAAGAUGUCAACAGUGUAAAGAAGGCUUUUAUCGUCCAGAUAAAAAUUUGAUAACUACUGACUGUCAACCAUGUGAUAUGUGUGGGAAUAAUUUACCAUA